AUGCAUAAGCUUCUGGCAAGUUGCUCUUUUUUAGUCGUGGUUAUAGCUGUUCAAGCUGGCGAACAGGAAGAUAUGGUUUGCUUCGAUGGGACUUUGAAUUGGAAGCAGGAUUUGAAAAUAAAUAAGCCAGCAUGCUUUGGAAUUGCAAAAGUAAAAUCAACGAUGGACUGGGAUAAAGCAAAUGAUUAUUGUAAAGAAACCGGUGGACAAUUACCAACACCAAUUGUUGCUGAGACUGAAUUACUACAUAUGAUAUUAACAGAGACUGGCUUGGAAAAAGCGAAAAUACCGCUUGGAUUUGUUCAUGAGAAGAAUAAAUGGAUGCAAAUACGUAAUGGAAAAAAAAGUGAGCUUGACACAAAGUUAACUGCACCGUCAUUGGAAAUAAUGCAGGCGACUAAGGCAAAAAAUAAUAUCACGUUUAAUCCAGGCAAUAAAAAAGAUACCUAUGAAACAGUAAUAUGCGAACAUCGAAAUUCAGCAUUGUCAGUUAUUGAGAAACAGAAGUGUGAUGAUGGAUUUGUGUUGUUUGCAAUUAAUAAUGCUUCAAAAUGUUACUUAUUUCAUGAGUUCGCAGAUCCAUCAAUGGAUGGAAAUGAUUUUCAAGCUGUUUCAAGCUAUUGCAAAUCUCAAAAUUCCGAAUUAUUUGAGCCAAUCGAUUCAGGCGAUCUUCAGAUCAUGCAAAGUAACGAAAUUGGUGAAGCAUCAGGUUUUGCUGUCAAUACUGCCAAACAUAUUCAUAAGCAGUAUGGAUAUAUCAAUCAGAAAGUCAGAAAUGAAAAGGAAGAGCCCAUAACAGCUGCUGGUUAUAAAUAUGCCACCGUUGGGAUCAAUAUUACAGCCUCGAAUUCUACAAAAGCACUUUGUUUCAUGUUGGAAUUGCCUGGCGGUUCACAAUCAAUGAAGGCGAAAAAGAUUCGAGAUAUUCUGGGAACAGACAGCGUCAUUAUUACUGAUCUGAAGCAAGAAGUAAUACUAAUGGAAGUUGACGAUUUAUCAGAACUUGGUGUAGCACAUGAAGCAAAACGAACUGUGAGAAUGCAACUUUCGGCAGUUUGGUUAGAAUGUUUGCCAUGUAAACAUAAUAUCUGUUCAACAUGUAUGGAAGAAUACAAACAAUUAUCCAAUCCAGUUUGCCCGGUGGAAGGAUGUGAGGGAAAGACAUUCGAAGCGGAUGAAUCCAACCUAUGCGAUGGUAUAUGUAAGAAGCUCCUGGAAGAAGGCAAAUAUAUAACAACAAAGUGUUGCCAAGCAAAAAUAUGUUUCUCUUGUUUCGAGAGUAUAUUCGGUCGUAAACAUUCAUCAGAUGGUGAAGAAAAAUGCCCUUCUACAGAAUGCCUUAAAUAUCCUGACGUUAAUGAAAUUGGAUCAAUAGCGAGAUGUCAAGCUGGAUCUAAAUGUAAAAAUUUGACAAUUAGUGGAUUUCCAUCAAAAGAUGAAUGUGAACAUGCUACAUGCAUACAAUGCCUCGAGCAAAUGAUCGAUGAUUGUGAAUCUGUUGGUUCUCUACCACAUUGUCCUAAUGAAUCAUGCAGUGCGUUGUAUAGCAUGGAAUCCGUAAUUGCCAUCCGUUCAAUGUUACCUGGAAAAUCUUCAUUCUUCGACAAACUUUCACUGGAUAAUACCUACUAUUAUAUGAUCAAGGAUGAAACAAUUACCGUUUACGGAUACUAUUUGACACGAUCGUUAAAUGCGGAAAAUAAACCGGAUGAGAAUGGUUCGGAUAAACCAGCGGAGAAAUUGGAAUUUACUGCGGAAUCGAUCAGUGAAACCGUGGACAAAUUGAACCUUUCGUCGCCGAUAACAGUUGUGGUUGAUAUGGCUGGAAUCGUUCGGGUUAAAGACGAUGAUGAUGAUGUAAUGAAUGGAACUAUUAAUCCAAUUUUGUAUGGCAUAAGAAUCGAACGAAGACUAGAUGAUGAUUAUUUCAAUUUCGUAACUCGAUUGGCGCAAAAUCAGGAAAAACAACAGAUGCUUGUUUUCGGUGAUCAUUUAUCAAAUGUCAGUCGAUUUUGGUUCUCAGUUGAUUUUACUUGUUCACCCGAAAAGAUUAUUCAUUCCGCAUAUCUAAAUGUACAAAUUGAACAACGAAUAGAUGACCAUAUGCUACAGUGUAUUGUCGAUAGCUUAGGUUCAAGUAUAACCCGCCCAAUGCAAUUAUGUGUUGAACCAUCUUGGCUAAUGCCGAAACGGAAUGUGGAAAACAUGGAAUUUACACAGAUUAUUUUGGAAGAAACAGUAACUCAUUUAUUUCCUGUUUACAUUCAACUAAUGAUAAUUGGUAUAUGUGCCACGUUAAGUGCUAUAUUCUCAGGCCUUACUACUGGUUUGAUGGCAUUAAGUACCGAUGAUCUUAAGUUAAUAGCGGAAGGCAGUGAAGAUAAGAAGGAACGUGAAUACGCUUCAAAUAUUUUACCAUUACGUGCUCAUGGCAAUUUUUUACUUUGUGCAAUCGUGCUUGGUAAUACCGCUUGCAAUACAUUAGUCACAUUGCUUAUCAGUGAUAUGUGUGAAUCAGUGAAAGAUUAUUUCUUUAAUAUUGCUUUAUCAUUAGUGAUACCAACUGCUAUAAUCACUUUGCUUGGCGAAAUUGUUCCACAAGCUAUAUGCGCACGCUAUGCUUUAUAUAUUGGUAGCCGAACACGCUAUUUGACAAUAUUUUUUAUGGUGCUUUCUGCACCGAUUUCAUAUCCCUUUUCACUUGCUCUCGAUUGGCUCCUUGGUAAAGAAGGUCGAGAUGUUUACGAUCGGAAAACUCUCCGUGUAUUGAUUACUAUGCAACGAGAUUUAACCAAAGAAAAAUCAAGCAAUCAAAUGGAUGGUGAAACAACGGAUUUGGUAUUGGCCGCCUUUGAUUUACCAGAAAAGAUAGUCAAAACGAUAAUGACUCCUAUUGAUAAAAUAUUCAUGCUAUCUGAUCAAAGUGUUAUCGAUAAAACACUUCUAAAAGCUAUUACUGCCAAAGGUCGCACCCGAAUUCCAAUCUACAGCGGCAGUGAUCGCAAUACGAUUAUAGCCAUAUUAAAUAUGAAAGAUUUGCUUCCAUUUUGUAAGACAAAUUUCUUAAAAAUUGGUACAAUUGUACAACUGUGGAAGCGUAGCAAUCAAUUCCGCUUCAUUAUCGAUAGCAUGCCAGUUUUGCAAUUACUUAUCGAAAUGAGGACUGGGAUAAAUAUCGCUAUGGUAAUUACUUAUGAUGAGCAAAAACGGGACUACAUCGUUCAGGGACUCGUUACACUUGAAGAUCUUGUCGAAGAGGUGGUUGGAGAAAUUUUUGAUGAACAAGACAUUCGAAGAGCAGGUCAAGUGAGUCGAAAUUGGCGUAGAACGCAUGCAUACACGUGA